AGAUUCAUCAUGGAGAUGAACGCAUACAUUCUUUUCACAACUCCUAAGCAUCUGAAGUUUGGUGUUGACAGGUUACAUUCUGUCAUCAAAUGGAACCGAAAUAGACCAAUCUCAAGCAAGUCAAAGAUUCAAGUAUCUUCAACCCUGGAAACACAUCUUCAAGAAAAAGUCCGGGGCGGUACAGUUUCAGCUGUACUAAGUUCACGAACUCAUGACAGCUGCAACUUUUGUCUAGAAAACAAAAGCAACAGUUGCCAAACAGUCCGUUCACGAACCAAACUAAUGAAGAUUCUGAUCGAGAAGAAAAAGCCUCAAGAAGUCGAAUCAAUCAUGAAAGAUCUUAUAGAAGAAGGCCACACACCAACACUCGUCACAUACACAACUCUGUUAGCUGCUUUAACGCUACAAAAGCGCUUCAACUCCAUUCCAUCCCUCCUUUCUAAAAUUGAAUCCAAUGGCUUAAAGCCCGAUUCCAUUUUCUACAAUGCAAUGAUCAAUGCCUUUUCUGAAUCUGGAAACAUGAAAGAAGCCAUGAAAAUAUACAAGAAAAUGAAGGGUAGUGGAUGUAAGCCAACAACAAGCACUUUAAACACAUUAGUUAAAGGACUCGGGAUCAUUGGUAAGCCUGAAGAAUGUUUAAAACUGUUGGAAAUAAUGACGGUAGAAGAGAGAGUGAAACCAAAUGACAGAACUUUUAAUAUAAUUGCUCAAGCUUGGUGUGGUAAGAACAACAUUAUGGAAGCAUGGAAAGUCGUAGAUAAGAUGAUUGCUUUUGGUAUAAAGCCUGAUGUUGUGACAUAUAAUACUAUAGCAAAAGCAUACGCUUUGAAUAGAGAUACAUAUAGAGCCGAAGAGAUGAUAUUUCAGAUGCAGUAUAAUAGAGUGGCUCCAAAUAAGCGAACUUGUGGGAUUAUUGUUAAUGGGUAUUGUAGAGAAGGUAAUAUGAAUGAUGCUAUGAGGUUUGUUUACCGAAUGAAGGAUCUUGGAGUGCUCCCAAAUGAUGUUGUUUUCAAUUCACUAAUUAAAGGGUUUCUUGAUGACUCAGAUUCUGAUGGAGUUGAUGAGACACUAGAGUUGAUGGAGGAAUUUGGAGUAAAACCAGAUGUGAUUACAUUCAGUACCAUUAUGAAUGCAUGGAGUUCAGUAGGAUUAAUGGACAAAUGUCAAGAUAUCUUUGAUGACAUGAUCAAGACAGGAAUAGAACCCGACAUUCAUGCAUUCAGUAUCUUGGCCAAGGGUUAUGUCCGAGCAGGUGAGCCAGAAAAAGCCGAAUCACUUUUACAAGUAAUGAGGGAAUCAAAAGUUAGCCCAAAUGUUGUCAUUUUUACUACAAUCAUUAGUGGAUGGUGUAGUGCAGGAAAAAUGGAUUAUGCUACGAGGGUUUUUGAUAAAAUGGCCAAAAUGGGUAUCUCACCGAAUUUGAAAACUUUUGAAACUCUGAUUUGGGGGUAUGGUGAAGCGAAACAGCCAUGGAAAGCCGAAGAGUUGCUGCAAAUCAUGAAAGAAAAGGGGAUUGUUCCACAAAAGAAUACUUUCGAGCUUGUUGCAGAGGCAUGGCGUGCCGUUGGUAUUAUUAAUGAAGCAAAAAGAAUUAAGGAUUGUGUUGAAGAAGAUGACUAUGAUUAUUAUGAAAAUUAUGAUAAAACAUCUCGAUAAUGAAACCGUGACGAAAGAUGGAUAUAUGGAAAAUGUGAUCAACAAAAGAAACGAAUGACCGACUAUGAAGUCGAGUUGAAUUGUUGAAAGAUCAAAGUUUUCACAAGAAAAUUAAAAUAGAGUCGCAAGAAAACACUUGCAAACGGGUGUUUUAAGAUUUACAUAGCAGAAAACUGAUAUGUUGUAGAAAGCCUCUUGAAGUUGCAAAAUGAUUGAAAAAUUCAACA